AUGGGAUUAAGUGCCAGACGCCAGGGUUGGCGGUCGGCGCUCUACCUAAUAUUCUACUUGUUUUGGUGCUUCUGUUCAGGAGAUACGCUUAAAAUAAGACCCAAAGUAUGCAACAAUGCAUUGGGCGAAGAGGGCACCUGUAUGUUCGUAUGGGAGUGCAUCAAGACUGAGGGCAAGCAUUUGGGCACUUGUGUGGACGGCUUCCUCUUCGGCAGUUGUUGUGGACAUAACGAUACCUUCAAUUCAAUUGACCAGACAAUCGUCCACAACACCCAACACAGUCAACACUCCACUCAUACCAUAUAUACUACACAUAGCACUCCAAACACACAUAUCUUUACCAAUCAUUUCGUUGAGUCCUCCACUCCCAGCUCACUGAUGACAACUGGCCAAAGUUGGUCAAGUAGACCAACCACGUAUAUGACCACUACCAGCACAACCACUAAACCGCCAACCACUACGACAUCUAAACCUAUACCAAUCAAACAGUUUACAAAACCUCCCAAACCGUCGACUACUUCUAAUUUCACGGAAUCUAAUACUAUUGAGUCAAACGAAAGCACACAAACACCACCACUCAUACCGUCCUCAAUUGCAAAGCCCUGGCCUACAGCGCCUACUCAAGUGUGGCCAAUCCAAUCGAAUACACCCCCGAAUGUGUUGCAUACGUUCAGACCUCCAAUAUUCUCUAUAUUCUCCACAUAUAGACCCCCUUCCCCUUCCAAUACCAAUAAUCACAACCACUUCAACGCCUAUAAACAUAACGGUCCCGCAAACCACUUCCCAACCGAUAACUUCUAUAAUAACCACAACAACAAAGAGCCCUUCGAUCACAUCGCCGACAACAAGCACUUUAGGCUACGAGACAUCCCAAACGAGUGUACCAUUCAGUGCGGUGUCCCUCAACUCAUGCCACAGACUAAAGUGGUUGGCGGCAAGAACUCAGCAUUCGGUGCCUGGCCCUGGCAGGUGUCUGUGAGGCGCACGUCGUUCUUCGGCUUCUCGAGCACUCACAGGUGUGGCGGAGCUAUACUUAACAACCAGUGGAUCGCAACGGCCGGUCAUUGUGUCGAUGAUCUACUCUUAACACAAAUCCGCAUCAGAGUCGGUGAAUAUGACUUCUCCAGCACUUUGGAGCCGUACCCUCACAUCGAGAGAGGGGCUAAGAAAAAGGUUGUGCACCCGCACUACAACUUCUUCACCUACGAGAAUGACUUAGCACUCGUCCAAUUGGACGAACCCAUUGAAUUCCAGCCCCACGUGGGGCCCAUAUGUUUGCCACCCGAGCACAUAGACCUAUUGGGCAAAAACGCCACUGUCACCGGUUGGGGACGGCUUAGUGAA